GCAUCUUAGGUAUGUUAUAAAUUACUAGGAACUUAUACUCUGUGCUAAGUUUCCUGCUAUUCCUGCCCCAUUAUUCUGAAUAAUUGAAAAUAUGUCUGAAUACUUAAAUGUGUAUAAUUCUAUAUAUAUGUAGAGAGUCCUUGAUCCAAAUACUUUUUUUUUUUUACAUAAAACAAGUCAGUGUUGUUUUCACCUAAUAGGAUGUGUUGUUACCCAUUAGUAAAAUACAAACCUUUGCCUAUUUUAAGGCCUUUUAGGAAAGUGACCAUCAUUUUAUUUUUACAUGUGUAUGCUUGGCUGUAUUCAUAAAUUAUAUACAUUUGGAGUUACCGAAUAGUAAGUAUGUUUGCUGCAGUAGUUUGGAAGCUGUUAGAUAGUUUUCUAGUUGCGUUUUCUCAGUCUUUGUAAGACUACUUUGUGUAAUAGCCUAAAUUUUUUGAAGUUUACAAUUCUGUUUUUCUAUCAUUGGCAGAUUACUUCAUUUAUCCAAAUAAAUCAGUUGUGUUUGUAAUUGAUAUGAAUAAAGCCAGAAUAAAAGUUCAUGUCCAUCAAAUGCUGCUCUUAACUGUUUUUUUAAGUUGCAAAUAUGUUUCUCCAAAUGGAAAGAGCUCAUUUGUAAUUUAGAAGGAAGAGCAUCAUAGGUCUGAAGUACCUCAGUUUUACAUUUGAUAUCUCAGCUGUUUACAGUCUUAAAAAACUGUUCUUUAUUUUUUCAUUGAUUCAGCCAAAAUUUCUUGAACCCUUUCUACAAGCUAGACAUUGAAUUAGGUGUUGGGAAUGUAUUAAUGAAUGAGACUUACCAAAAGUCCCUGCUUUGAAGAUAUUAUAUUACAGUAAAAAAAAAUUAAAAUAUGACUAAUUUAAAACAGUUAACACCGGGGAGGAAAGAAAAUCCUGAUAUAUGAUAUGCUUUGAUAAAGCCUUCUUGGUCUUAGAAUUUCAAACUCUCAUUUUACAUAAGAAAUAGAAAAUUAUUUGCCUAUAUUGAUAAUGAUUUACAUGAUUUUAUAUUAUUCUUUGUAUUAUAUAUCCAACUAUCAUUGAGAUUUGCACCAUGGAGCUGCAAAGUAGUACACAGUAAUUAUUCAUUCAGUGACUAGUCAGGCACCAUGCAGUGUCCUAAAGAGAAUUCAUUUUCUAAGAUCAUAAGCGCAAGGAGAAAUGGUGACUUGGAAGUUUUAAGGAAGAUAUUAAAACAAGUAUUGAAACAAAAGCCAUGCUGUUAUUGUAGAAGACUCAUUUGGUCGUUCAUUCAAGUCUGUAUAAAUGAUGGUAUCUUUUGGACUACCAACUCCUCUUAAUGGAACUGGUUCGAUGCCCAGAACUGAAUGCUGUGCUCCAGCUGUGGCCUCACCGGUGCUGAAUAGAGAGGAAGAGCCACCUCGAUAGCUUACAUACCCUUCGCAGGUGUUACAGUCGGGUGAAAGAACAUGGUGUUGGGAAAAGAAAGAGCAGUUACACAUUUGAACAGUUGGAACAGGAGCUGGAGUCAGAUGGCAGCACUAUGGAGGACUAUUCACAGGAGGACUGGGGAAACCACAGUCAGGAUCUCCAUGGCUAUCCAACAGAUCAGGAAUUGGAUGAAAUACCUGUUACAAAGAGAACAUUAAAAAUAAAACAAGAAUCUUCUGAAGAAGCACAGAAAAGAGACAUUAUGCAGAACAUUGUACAGAUUUUGGAAUCAGUACAGUUGAAAUGGGAACUGUUUCAGAGCUGGACAGACUUUUCAAGGCUCCAUCUUUCCAAUAAACUGGCCAUUUUUGGAAUUGGUUAUAACACGCGCUGGAAAGAGGAGAUCCGUUACCAUUAUGCUGAGAUCAGCUCCCAGGUGCCCCUGGGCAAGCGACUUCGGGAAUAUUUCAACUCUGAGAAGCCUGAGGGACGGAUUAUUAUGACCCGAGUGCAGAAAAUGAACUGGAAAAAUGUUUACUACAAAUUUUUAGAGAUCACUAUUAGUGAAGCCAGGUGCCUGGAGCUACACAUGGAAAUUGACUGGAUACCCAUUGCCCACUCCAAACCAACUGGUGGGAACGUUGUUCAGUAUUUAUUGCCAGGGGGCAUCCCUAAAAGCCCUGGCCUUUAUGCCAUUGGCUAUGAAGAAUGUAUUGAGAGGCCCCUCUCGCCUCAGGAGCGGCGUUCUCUGGACCCAGGAAAAGAGGGCCGAGCUGACCUGGAAACGCUUUCCACACAAGCCUCAUUACAGGUGGAAGUAGAACCCACCCGCAUCACCUAUUGCUACCUCGGGAUUGCUGAGGUCAGGACUCUGCAGCAGUGCUUAUUUUUACAUUUCCAAGCAAAUACCAAAACCUUCAGCAAAGAUUGGGUUGGUAUCAAUGGGUUUUUGUCCCAGAACUGUAUUGUAGAUCCUGGAGUUUCCCCUAAAUCUAUCUAUAUCAAAUUUGUAGAAGUAGAGAGGGAUUUUCUCUCUGCUGGCUCUCUCGUUGAGUGCCUGGAAAAAGCCAUUGGCUAUCCCUUAAAGUUUAACAACUGAACGGCAUCCUUCAUAAGGAUCGGCUCUUACCUCCCUCCCGUCUACUCACCUACCAUUACCCCAGACCAGCCCUCAUCCAGAUGCUGCCAGCAGACUCUUCAUGGAAACUGUUUCCACAACUGGGCCAGUACAACUUCUAAGGAGUCAGUCAUAACAAACUCUGGGCAGAAAGAAAAAAAAAAAAACAGACCUCACCUGAAAUGCUCACUUUUUGAGUGAGCAAGAGAUACAGCAAACUUGCAUGGUGGGUCAGCUGUUCUCUCUCUCUCUUUUUUU